AUGGCAAGAAUUCCGGAACUCGUCGCAACAACGCUAGACCGCCUCGCAACUCAGGCAGCUUUGCAUGCUCGCGGCGAGGCUCGCGAGCCCUAUAUCCCAAUUGGACAACUACGUGACGACGUGCUACGCUCAGAGCUACGGGGAAGUCGGCGCGAAGGUCUUUGGCGGCGGGUCCGCGACGUUGUCGAAGGUAACACGAACAUCAGAGCCGCGGUCCGUGAAGGCCGGGGUGGAGAUGUUGCACGUUCAUGGGAAUGGAUUGGGGGAAUUGGAAGUGUCCGUGGGGACAUUGAAGGAAGCGCCACUCGUCAGCGAGAGGGGAACAAAGUACACUUCACGGCAUUGUCGAAUGAGACCCCGCAGCACUCUGGUGAUAAUGCCAUUGCAGGAAGUCCACGGGAGUCGCGAAAAUGGGAAGAAGGGCGGCCCAUAUACUGA